AUGUCUUCUUCUUCACCUUUCCGAAUAGUCAUUGUGGGCGGAGGUAUCGCCGGCCUGGCGACUGCCAUUGCUCUACGAGGCGCCAACCGCCAAGUCACCAUCCUCGAACAAUCGCGACUAUGCAACGAGAUCGGCGCAACGAUCUCCCUUCAGCCAAAUGCAACAAGGAUAUUGCAGGAGAAUUGGGGUAUCAGCGACCUGAUCGAAGGCGCUAACGGAAUGGUCGACCAUGGUUUCCGCAUCUACAAUACAGAGGGCAAGAUGGUGAAUGAAAUCCAGCUGCUUGCCAAGAAGCAGUAUGGAGCGGAUCGAAUAAUGUGGCACCGACAGGAUCUCCAUUCACAUCUUAUGAAAGUUGUAAGAGAUGAAGCGAGGAACGGACCGCCUCCCGUGGUGCGUACAGCUUCGCGCGUCGUCGACUGCAACUGCGACACUGGCAUCGUUACCUUGCAGAACGGAGAUAUCCUAGAAGCUGAUGUUGUGAUCGGCGCCGAUGGCAUACACAGUGCUCUACGACGGUUGGUACUCUGCAAAGACGUCAAGCCGAUACCCACAGGCUCCUCUUGCUACCGACUCAUGAUGACUUCGCAAGACAUCAAGCAGCAGGCCCCAGAGUUCGCCGCAAACAUCAACCCAGAGCAGCCAUAUACUUCCAUGAUGGUAGCUCGCGAUUGCCGCCUCAUCAUGGGCCCUGCACGGAACGGAGAAUUGUACAGCGUGGUUGGGCUGGUGCCGGAUGAGAAGAUGCACGAGGACCCCGACAAGGCACAGUCAUGGGUGACGGAAGGAGACUCACAAAAGAUGCUGGAAACUUUCCAGGAAUUCCCAGACUGGACACGCAAAGUGAUGAAGCAAGCGCGAAGUAUUGGCCUCUGGCAGCUCCGCGACCUCGACCCACUCGAAACCUGGUAUCGCGGACGCGUCAUCCUGAUCGGAGAUGCUGCACACGCUAUGCUUCCAACACAAGGCCAGGGCGCAAGUCAAGCAAUUGAAGAUGCAGAAGCGCUUGGCGCUUUCUUUGCGGAUCUACAUGGGCAGCCAACGGAGGACCAGGUGACUGAAAGGCUAAAGCAUGUAUUUGAGGCGAGGUAUGAGCGUGCGAGUUUGAUCCAGAAGUUUAGUCGCGAUGCUGCGAAGCCGGCGAUUGAGAAUGGUAGCAAGGAGAUUAAGAUGCGUCCGGAUGAGUUUAUGGACUACAAUUGUCUGUACAAGGGUGCGGCGGAAUGGCGCAGAUCGCAUGCUGUCAAGUCUUCUGCUUGA